CUCCAAGCCGUUCUGCUGGCAAGCCAUGAUGCGACUCCCAUGGUCUGCACGUCGUUCGCUCCUCUCCAGCCUGUCUAGCUAUAUUCAUUGCAACACCUCUGGACCCGGUAACUUGCUGCUCGCAAUCUCACGGUGACACCUUAGGCGACAUUGCUCUCUGCCAGGACGCGACUGCGUGGAUGUAUUCACAUUGGCCAACUACUUGUUGCUCCGUUACUCAUGGCGCUUUCCUCCUUCAAGAUAUUGUACAGCUACCUCAGUAUCUCGCUUUGUGGUGCUGCCUUGGUCUACAUCCGAAGCAUUUUGGUCAUGAUGCAGGGCUGUCGAGAUGUCGCCAGGUUAGGACACUUGGAGGAUCAUGUACCCAGCCAUAUGCCUUCACUCGCUUCACGCCUUGGUGAGUUUGAGGGCCGUUUAAGUCCAGUCUGUUUCAAAUGCGACAAAUUGGUUUGUGAUGAUAAUUAUUCGUAUAACUCAGCUCACUUCGAUGCCUAUGGGCCAUGAGAAGAAUGCGAUCUCUUUGCUGAUUACUUUCACUCACUUUACAUAGUCAAGCGUACUCAUGAUCUUCUCGUAUAGAUCGUCGAAGUGACAUUCAUGCCGCCGCCCUGCAACGGCACCGCGUUCAUCGGUCUACAGUAAGGUGAGAGGCUUGAUCUAUCUCUUCGAAUGAUGACAACAUUCUGCAAACUACUCGACGCGUUUCGGCGCGAUGAGGGCGAUUCCUUUGGAACCAUUCAAGUCUCUGAAUCUCAGUGUCACAUAUCCAGUGUCCAAGACUGACCAUUAUCCACAGGUACUCAUUUGUAGAUGAUGUUCUAGCAGAAGUCCUACUUGUGCGUCGUGAGUCCGAUGCUAGCCGCACGCUGCUCUUCGAAGAUUCCUGUACUCAAAUAUACUGCCUGUAUCUCCUAUUGUUAUCAUUGAUACCAAUGUACUAUCUUGCACAAAUACAGUUCCGCGCGUUAUCAUGCGCCGAAGUC